UAACAUCACAAAAAAAUUUUUCAAUACCUUGCAUAUUAUUGAGUAUGUCAGAGGUCGGGCUUUCGUUUUGCAUAUUUUGUGAAACAAAGAUGGAAAUGAAAUUGAGUUCAAAAUUGACGUGGCCAUUUGUGGGAUUCUUAUGUUCCCUCUUCUUCGACAGACAACUUUUUCCAAUUAACUCCUAUAGUUACAUUAUUCAUGUUUAUUGUUAUUUCGAAUCUUUCAUACAUAUUGUUUUUCCGUUGAUGCGCAUGGAAGAAUAAAGUUUGGUUAUACAAAGGCAACUAGAGAUAUAAUGAAAACACUUUGAAAAUG